UGUCCACUUUUGUGGGACAUAUUGAGAACCAGUGUUACGGCCUAUAUAUCAACCUGUUACCUGUCCAUCUUACCAACAUCUUACGCCGCCCUACAUGCCGCACAAACGUGCCAAACGAGCUGUUCGUGAACGAGAGAGAUCCCUGAAAGGUGUCAAUCUCCCGCCAAAGCACCUUGGGAAUGAGGACACUGUGCCAAAGUCUGCGGCUCGUAUUUUGAAUGCCGAAAAAAUCCGUCACGAAUUCAGAGAGAAAAAGCGGAAGAUCGAUGAGCCCAACGGGGAUCAAUGUCCUCAGCUGAAGCGAAGACGGCAGGCCAGUGAUAUGAACGGUCGAAAGGAGGAGAUGCUGAAGAUCAAGCCCGGAGAAACUAUAGCUCGUUUUAAUAAGAGAGUCGAGAGCAGCAUGAUGCCGCUUAUUAGAACAGCAAUGCAGCAGUCAUCUGCCCAGGUCCGCAGAGUCCAGAAGCACGAAUCGGAGGAGGGAGUUGCCAAGCCUGCACAGGACAAGACGAUGAUUAAUAAACGUAGCCACACAGACGUUUCAAACCCAUCGGCGCCCGCAUCGACCUACACACCUCAUCAGCAGCCUCGUGAUAAACCUAAGGAGUUCCGUGUCUCUUCAACCUCAGCACCACGCCGUCUUAACGAUAUUGCACAAGAACCUCCGCAGUUUGGCAAACUGCCCCGGGGUGCCCGAUCUGGCAAGGACUCUUCGAAAGCAAAAGUCGCUGGGAUACUCAGCAUGGCACAAAAGGCGAUGAUGGAAGAAGAAAGAGAAAACGUCAUUAAGCGUUACCGGGAACUGAAAGCCAAGAAAUUGCGUUGUGAUGAUAACGGCGCAGUGGGCGAGUGAGGCUAAGUCGAUCGCGGUUUUCAUCGACUACGUUUCCGAACGGGUGCAGCAAUUUUCCCUGUCGUUAUCGUCUCCGUUGAGUUUACCCUGACAUGGGUUUGAUCUCUACGUUGACGCUUCCUCUACAGUCCGUUCCUCCGAUGAAUGCUCGAUUUCAUCCCUUCUUUAUCGUAAGGAGGCAAUACAAAAUUUGUUUUGCUGCAAGUACGACGCUGCUACCCAUUCAAUACCACCCGGGCUGUCCUCGGAUUAUUAUCUCACCGCUUGCUCAUAACGAGCCACCACUCGAAAGAAAGUCAUUUCCCUUACCCAGAUGGCGGAGGUCUAAACUCCCGAACCCCUCGGAUGAUCCUAUUUAA